CUUUCCGAUAGUAUGUUUUAAUAUAUGAAUUGAGACUUUCCUAAAGUAUUACAACUCUGCUGGAAGUAUGGAUUUAUUAAUCUUGCGUCUUGUCGUUGUGACAUUAGUCUACAGGAAUGUGGUAGGUCAAUCAGUGGCCAUAUGUGAUGGAAUUCAAGAUCUAAUUGAUUUAACAAAUACAUACAAGACUAAAUCAAUGCAAGACUUAGUUAAGAACUUAAAUGAUAUUUAUAAAGUCAUACUCGGAGAAAUUAACACCGACAACACAUUGACCCCUGCAGAAAAGAAUUCACUGAAAGCGAUUCUUAAAAGUCUUAAGUCAAUGCCAAAACAGGUAAAGCUUAUCCAAAAGGGAAUUACAGCUAUGAAUUCAGGCUCUCCUCGCGUCAAAUCAAAGUACAUGGAAUUGGACUCAAAUAAUUACGUCAGAAUAUUUGGAGAUAAUCUGAUACGACAGGCCGAUGUGUUUUUGUCUUUGUUUGAUUCACUAACAUGGGAACAAAAACGAUCGCAAAUUAAUACUCUGUCCUCACUUGGUAAAAGAUGGGGUAAAGAUAUAGCCAGUGCACUUAAAAAGCUUGAUGAUGGUUCGGAAAAGACGACAAUGACUUCUCUGAACAAGAUUUUUAAGCCGUUUAAUAAACAAAUGCUGAAAGUGUCUAGGACACUUUCUAAAAUAGAAUCGAUGUUUAAGUCACUUCUGAAGAAAGCAAAUGAUUUUAAAGACGACUAUGAAUGUGAUAACGCAGCAUUAGAUACCACUACUGUACAACCAACCACUCCAAGGACUACUAGAAGACCAACGACGCAAAGACCUACUACACCAAGACCAACGACAUCAAGACCUACAACACCAAGACGAACAACGCCUCGACCAACGGCGGCAAGGCGGACAACACCGCGACCAACUGCAACAACAAAACAAGGGCCUCUAGGGUGUCCAGUUAAUUUCGAUCCGGUUUGUAGUGAAACUACAAGUGGCCCUCGCUGCUCAUGCCGUUGCGCAACAUGUGAUCUCGGAGAUACCGUAGAAUGCCGUGUAUGGGGUGCUUCUCAUUAUAUCACAUUCGAUAACCACACGUACGAUGUCCAGACUGGUUGCUUUCAAACCCUAGCUAGGUUAUACGAUGAGCAAGGACAUACCAUCCUCAAAGUUAUUGCCCAUCUAGCAACAGGGGACUUUGAGUUUGCAGGAGAUCCGGAAUGGCCUGGUUAUGUUUCCUAUAUUAACUCGGUGGAAUUUCAUUUGGGCAAACAUAUGUACAGUAUAAAUAGGGACAGACAAGUCUAUGAUUCGCUGACCGAUGAAGAUGUAAUAUUUCCUUACUUUGCUUACUUUGACGAGUCUGAUAUUGUUGAAUCGGAUGAAGUACGUUGGGAGAUAUUCAUUGAAGAAGAUACCGACACGGUCAUUAUAACCAUAUUGCCCGUUGGCUUUCAACUUUCGUUCAACGGAAGGGGUACAGGAAGAGUACAUAUCAAGAUACCCGAGAGUUCCAAAAGCUACAAAUAUGUAGAAGGAAUGUGUGGAGACUUUAAUGGUAAUCCCGACGAUGAUUUCUGGGAAGAAAUAAGGAAUUAUGUCAACCCUGGAAGAGUAUUUGCAAUGAUCAAUGGUGGCUGUGAAAUUACUAUGGCAGAUUAUGAGGGAGGAUGGAAUGAUUCAUGCCCUUGUCCUGGAAAAGACAAUUGGGAUAUCCCUUGGAAUAAUCCAGAUCAUGAAUUCGACGCCGGUGCUUUUAUGACAGCGCGGAUGGCGUGCAACCUGUACGACGUAUGCUUUGGUAAAAAAAUCGAGCACAAACUAUUCAAAACAAGAAGUUGUGUCAUGGAUAUAUACAGUGCACCGACAUUAGAUACGAAAUGUGAGGCCAGGGCUGAUGUUGCAAAGGCGUGUGGAAAAAUAAUGAAACACUGUCAUAUAGAAGGAAGAUGUAUUGGCACUAUAUGUUAUAAUGGGGGCUGGCACAGAAGAUAUUACGAUGGCAAGAAAACGGUAUGCGGUUGCAUCUGCGCACCGGGAUAUACUGGAAGCGACUGUUCAAUAAAGAAGGGUGAAGACGAAGGUAUGGUGAUGUGCCGAGGAUGGGGAGAUGUUCAUUAUGUAUCAUUCGACAAGAAGAAAUACGACAUGCAGGGUGAUUGUAAAUACUAUCUUGUAAAACCCACUACAAAAAUGCUGAAAAGUCAGCUGAAAUUUAGCAUUCAGGCCAAAAACAAAAAAUCACACAAGGGUGCGACGGUUUCUACCACCGAUUAUGUUGAGCUUCAUUUGACAAAGGACGUCUUCAGAAUCAGUCAGGGUAAACUCGUAACGUGGAAUGGGAAAAGAUUGAACCUCGAUGGACCAAUUCAGUUCACAGACUACUAUACAUAUCACUUGGUUCGGAUUGAGAAAGUAAGGGCGUGUCUUUUCCGCGGGUGUGAUCAAAAAACAGACUCAUAUGCAGAUUUCAUACAGAUCAGCGUUCCAACAUUGAGACUACGUCUCCUUUUUGACGGCAACCAAGAAUUCCAUGUCCAUUUAGACAGUGAAGCUUGGGGUGGGGAACUAGAAGGACUGUGUCAAAAUCUUAAUGGAGAUAAAGAUGAUGACCUAAUGACGUGUGGUUUCAGGAAGAAAGAUGUGUCAAAUCUACCAAACUAUGGCACGUUAAUAGGAAACAGUUGUCAAGUCGCCAAUCACAGAUGCAAAGCAGAAACAAAUAGUGACACACCUCCAAUGCCAGAUGCUACAUUAGUGGCUAAAGCCAGAGAACAGUGUAAUGCUGCAUGUGACCAAGGUCAAGAUCCACCAUGUUUUGAUCAAGUUUGUAGCCCAGAUGCAGAUCAGAGAGCUAUGAUUAUGGAGUCAUGUAUAGUUGACUAUUAUCACAUGAUAGAUGAUAGAUGUACAGUUCUUGGCCAGGUAGCGUCCAAAUGUGGAGUACCAAAAGCAGCGUUUCAAUGUGAUUCUGUGGAACAGGCUUGUCUCAAUGGGGAAUUUACAAAGCUUCCAGAUGGAAGGCGGUUUUGUAGAUGUCAAGUUGGUUUUAAUGGAGUUGGAUGUUCACUGCGGGACACGUGUGGCUGUGGCGAUGGUGGCGUGUGCAAUUGUGAAGCAGACUCCUGCCAAUGCGAAUGUCAUCCAUUGUUUACAGGCCCGACAUGUAAUGAAAGAAAAGAGCUACCAUUCCAUCCGCACGAUUCUUCUAGAAAUGUCGAUGGGCGAUGGUGUGAAAUAGUAGGCGAGCCACAUUACAGAACAUUCGAUGGCGCGAACUUUGACUUUCAAGGUCACUGCCUGUACAUGAUGUCAGAGGACAUUCUUCCCGACGAUGGGGAUUAUGAUCAUUACUUCACUAUAUCAGUUCGUAAUGCCAUGAGAAGUGAAUUUGGAGGGAAUGGAGUAACCUGGCCUACAUAUAUUGUCAUUAGAGUCUUAAACAAGGUCGAUAUAUUUAUUGGAGAAAUGCAGGAUGAAAACUCUCUGGAUGUUCGGAUAGUUAACAUUCGAGAUCAGGAAAUCACUCAGAUUACAAAUUUACCACACUCGGAACCAAUAGGAAGUAAGGACUAUAUACCCUACACAGCAGAAAUAACUAAGAGCGGUGAAACCGUUACUGCAGAAAUACUGCCACUGGCAUUGAAAGUUCAAUUUCAAUCUAACUAUGAAGCGAGGAUAUACUUAGAUGAACAUUGGAAAGGAAAGGUAAAAGGUAUGUGUGGCAACUAUAACGGUGUUGUUGACGACGAUUACGUUACCAAGACAGGCUUAAGAGUGAAAACCAGAGACAACAAAGGAACGCUGAUUGGUACAAGCUGGAAGAAUACCGAGUCACUACCAUUAUAUGAUGAAGAUUCUGAUGACUGUAUAGAUAAUUCUUUGCCAGAUAUGCCAAUAUUUGAUGAAAUCAACCAAGCUUUGUUUGAUGAAGCAUCAGAACACUGUAGAGAUCUAUGUCCGGACAUAUUGGAGUUCAGAUAUAGCGCAUGCGUCGCCGACUAUUUUACCACUCAGAGUGAAAAAAGAAUGCAGUGUAAAGUACUGCUAAAUACGCUUGAUUCUACAACGUGUACGGACAUCCCAGUAGAAUGUGAACAAUAUGCAUCACCAAACAGAAGAUAAGAAAAACAAUUUGACAAAAUCUGAUGUAAAAUAUAUAGAGCCUUUAGAACAACAAGAAUAAAAAGGAAACUCUGCAAACACACAUUGCUUUAUGUUCAGUUUAAUCAAUGCAAAAAAUUGUUGAAUGAAUAAAGGCAAAGAGCUCACGUACGCGUCUCGAACUCACCGCCUCUUGGUGACGGUGACAGCGCCGAGCGCCGAGCUAGGAGUGUUCAGUGUUUUGACAGCUCGGUCAAAUAUUCAAUACUUUCACACUAUAAUACAAUACUAGAUAAGGUAUACAAUCAAGCAUUCGCCAUUUACAGGAUGAGAUAAAAAAUGUUUAUAACUCAGUCAUCCAGUAUGGAUUUAACGCCAUAUUUGGCACAAUCUGACCAUUUUUUGGUUUCACUUCAUUUUAUCAAGUUUCAUUGAUUGGUUUCAUAUGAAUAUACAAAUACCGGUCUCGUCUAUGAAGGCAAACUUGAACUCAUCGGGUGUUGUUGAUC